CCCCUCUGUUUGAUGCUGGAAAUUGAGAGGGAUUUAGAGAUUCGAUUUCGAUUCUUUUCGAGCCAUCUCAGGAAAAUUGAAAUUUUUCAAUUCAAAAGCAUGGACUGUGAUCAGGCGUUUAUUAUAGACUGCCCCGAUCGCUAGAAGUCCAUCUCGCCAUUUCGAUUUCCAAUUGCUAUGGAAACCGAAUCGAUGCUUAAUUGCUAUUGAAAGUGGAGGCCUAGGCUGGCGGGAGGAAAAAAAUCGAACUACGUUGCCACAAACGUGGAAAAAUCUUCCCUUCCUUCUAUUUGCUGUGUUGUUCUUAGGUUCCCAACUGGAAGGCAUGAUUGAUUUCCAUGCUUUGGAGAAAGAGCUGGAAGAAGCUGUUGCCACAGAUGAGAAAUACCGGAGAGAAAAUGAGGCUAAAUUCCGAGCGGUACAUCAGAAAGUAUCAUCUUAUGAAGAAUUCAGAGAUAUUGUUCUAGCCUCCCAUUUGAAACCUCUGGAGAAAAAAGACAAAAAGGGAAGUGGCAGAAAUGUGUUGUGGAACUCCUGUGUAGUUAAAGAAAAACACAAACAAGAGAGUAAGAUAGACUUGCCUCGGGAAUUAGAACGCCUGCCUGAGACUUCCGCAGAGUUCUACAGAGAUUGGCGCAGAUGUAUGAAAAACAACCAGGAUCGCUAUCUCCUCCUUCUCCAACUUGGAUCCCAAAACUUGGGCCGGAUCUUCCAAACAGAUCUUGCUUUUGGCCUCUUAGGUGAAUUUCUAGUGGUGCUGAACCAAAAUGCUUGCAUUAAAGACUGCAAUUUUAUCCUGGAUAUCUUGGAGAAUUUAUCAGGCACCAAACGUUUUGGACUAAACAUUGAACUUCUUAGUGAGAAAGAGAAAGAAAACUGCAGGCAGUUGUUUGAAAAAUUGCAAAAAAUGGAAAUUGAUGUCGGCAAUUUUUCUGAAAUUCAGCAGAUUCCAAACGAAGAUGGUGCAGAUGCUACUCAAAUCCAUUGUCAAGGAGGUAAAGGAAUUGAAAAAAAAGUGUUAAAACUGAUGAACCUUUACCAAAUAUCCUUGAUCAAUUCUUGAGUUUAUACUAAUAACUAAGGAUGGAACCAUUGUAAUAUAAAGAAAGGACUAGAGUGCCUUUCAAAAACAUAUCUAUCAGCCCUUUUAGUAUAUAUUGGAAAAAUAAGAGCAUAUGAAAAAUAGAUACCUAAUCAGAGAGUGCUUGCCUCUUGCUUUUUGUGUCUAUUGCAUUAAAAUAUUAUAUCAACUUAAACCAU